UGUUCUUUUAGGUGCCAGAUGUUGAUAUUGUUUGGGUGUAUAGAUAUUUUCCAAGUGACUAAACAUGGAUCUUGAGACAUAUUGUAAGAAAUUUCAACAAGUUUUAGAAUUCCUCCAGACAACAAAGUGCCAGAUUCAUGACGACACAUUAUAUCAAAAGCUGCUAGAUGAUUUAAGUGAAAAAGUGAUCAGUGCCGAGUUUGCAGAGGAAUGGGGAGUUAUGCGCUUUAUACAAGGUGUUGGAAAAAACCCUGAUGUCAGGCCAGACACUCUGGUUUUUGCUGUACAAUUGAUAGGGAAGCUGGUUUCUAAGAUCAAGUUUUCUGUGGAUCAUCUGAAUAUUAUAUCAUCAUUGAUCGGAACUGUUGUAACAAAUAAUUGGAUGGAGAAUCUGUCUGUCUCUUGUGCACUGCUCCAAACAAUGACAAUCAUCCUCCAUAAUGCCAAGGAGUUCUGUGCAAACAUAAGUCUGAAUGAAAUAUUUUUGAAGUCAUUUGAUAUACUGAAGGAAGAGAGGAGUAUUUUUCUGUCCAGAGCUGCAUCAGAUUUUAUUAUUUCUGUGUUUACUAGUGACAUGGUCAAUUUAGAAGUGGCAAAAUGUCUUCUUAAGGAGCUCCAGACCACUAUUGUUGACUUGAACAAUACAGACUGUCAAAGAGUUCUCUCCCCUUCAGUGAUGUGUUCUUUAAGAGUACUUGAGAGAGUGCCGUGUCUUUUUAGUGACUGCUUUGAUGAGAUUUUAGAUCCUUUGAUUCUGUUAAUGAAGAAUGGGAAUACACAGGCUGUUACAACUGCCACAAGAUGUAUUUGUAGAUUUUAUGAAAGUGGGAGUGAAGUGGAGGUUGUUGAAGUAAAAUCGCAGAUAUGUCUGGUAUUGAAAACACUUGACAGUAGUAGAUGUCUUCAUAUUGCCAAGAUUCUUUAUCCCAUCAAUCUUAUAGAAAGAAGAGAUUUGGAAGACAUAAUAGUAAAGCCACUACAGCUAGACAACUUAAAACAAUCAUCUUCCCCUUGCCUCUCUGCUAUAUGUCAGAGUCUUACAGUUGUCAAUGAAUGUAAUAUACAUAAUCCAGAGAUCUGUAACCAUGUUUAUAAAGUCUUGAGGAUGACAGCUGAUGGACAAGGGGAGAUCACUGAUACAUUUUUCUCUCAAAAUCUAUUUUCUUGGAAGACUAAAAUACAAAUCAAAUGCCUAGAAUAUCUAGAAUCUUACAUCUGUGAGGAGUUGAUUCCCUUUGUGUUCUCUGUCAUCAGUAACAUAACUGCUUCUUCUACAGACCACAUAAUAUACAGGAAAUGCCUUGACUGUAUAUGUAUACUGCUGCCUCAAGUAUUGUCUAGUUCUAGACAUUCCUCAGAUGUGUCUACAGUUACUUCAGAUCUGUGUAAGAUACGGGACUCUGUCCAGAGGAACUUCUGUAGUAUGGAUUGGGAAUUCAGAGAUACUAGCUGUGAAUUUGUUAAAAAGAUUUUCGAACAAGAUAAAGAAAAUCAGUUCAUGAUGAGUUGGAUACUGGAUUCUAGAUUCCUAAUGUUUGCAUAUCAAGCUAUUAGUGAUGGGGAGAGUUAUGUAAGAGCUACAGGUCUCAGUACUCUACAGACUGUUCUCAGGUCCACUCACAUUACAAGUCUGCUACAGGAUAUAGGCAGCACAAUCGAUGAGAUUAUAUCUGGGGUGUUAGAUGUCUGUAACACUGACAGUGAGGCCUUUCCUAGGAGGGAUGCAGUGACCCUCCUAACAAACUGCUGGGGGACCCUCAUAGAACAGUUACAACCAGAUACCAUACAAAACAUCACCCAGAGUUUCUCUUUGUCAUUACCUUCUGACUUUGACUGGGAGGUCAAGCUAAAAGUGGUAGAUUUCUGGUGUAUGAACUUGAAAAGUUACUUUGCAACAGACAUAGCAACUUCAAAGCGGUCAGUGGUGUUUUCAAGAUGCUUGAAAUGUGGGCAGGGAUUAAAGAAAGGUCCCCUCUCUCUUGCCACUGCUGUUGAUGUACUCCUGAAGCUUUCUUGUGACUAUGAUCCUAGUGUGAGUAAGAGAGCUCACCAGGAACUAAAAUGGAUUGGUGAACACUUGGAUGGAAUUAUUGUUUGUGAAAAUCCCCCAAUAAAUGGACAUGGGGAUAGAGGUGGCAUUUGGGGCUCUUGCUGUAGCAGUGUGGUUCGAGAAAUCUACGUUAAAAUUAAAGAACAGAAAGAAAAGCAUGACAUGGGAUCAAAAUUUAUCACUGAAUAUGACUGUAAUUCCCUGUCUUUGCUGGAUGAUAUUUUGUCUUUGGACAAAGGUCAGGAAGAAGAGGAUGAAGACAAUGUCAUUGACUGUUAUUAAGAUUAUUACUCUGAAAUCAAUAUUUGAAAUAAAAUCAGGAUUCCAUGAUUUUCUGUGCACAAUAUACACUUUAACAAGCUAAUUCAAUGUGUAUUUAGCUCACCUGAGCCAAGGCUGAAGUGAGCUUAAAGCUUUUCUGAUCACAUUUUGUCUGACAUGCGAUCUGUCUAUCCAUCUGUAAAUUUUCACUGUUCAUUUAUCAUUAUCCUGGCUUUUCAAAUUUAACUUAAAAUCCUUUCUUUUUUUUAUUUUAAUCUUGGCUUUUCCAUCUUUGUACAGCUUUAUGCAUAAUGUUCAGUGACAUUGUAAUAAAUGAAAUUAUGAUGAUGGAAGGAGUUGUUUCAUUGUGUUUCCAUUUAUAGAAUUGAUU